AUGUUUUUAUUAAAUUAUUAUGUGGCUUCAUAUUUGUUAGAAAAGUUUGUCAACUAUUACUUUAAAGUAUAUUGCAUCCUAUCGAGUUUGUGUAUAAUAUUGGCUUUAAUAGCUACACCAUCAGCACAGUUAGCAGGCAGUAGAUCAAGGAAACGACUUCACAAUGAACUUGUGAAAUCUGUAAUGCGUAACUCAUUACAUUUCUUCCAAUCAACGCCCUUUGGUCGAAUAAUCAAUAGAUUCAACUACGAUAUGUCGAUCAUUGAUAAGAAAAUUGCGACAACAAGCCAACGUCUUCUGCAAUUUAUGCUACUGUGCUCAUGUGCCAUUUUAAUUAACACCCUAAUAAAUAAAUGCUUCAUUCUGUUAACGGUGCCAAUUUUGGUGAUUUAUUACAUCGUCCAAAAGUUUUACCGGCAAUCAACAAGGGAAUUACAACGAAUUGAAAGCAUGUCGAGUGCUCCAAUAAUCUCUCACUUCUCGGAAACGAUUCUUGGGUUAACUACAAUUCGAGCUUACAAUCAGGAAUCGAGAUUUAUGGAAAUGCUUUUUAAGCGAAUGGAAGCGAACAAUGUGGCAUUUGUCAUUCUGAAUUCAAGUAAUCGUUGGCUUGGGAUUGCAUUGGAUUAUUUGGGUGCAAUGAUUGUUUUUAUUGCAGUUCAAACGGCAUUGAUAAGUAGUUAUUUGCUGCCGAAUGAAUCGUCCGCAUCGCUUGUUGCUUUAGCUCUUCAAUACACCCUAUUGAUUCCAAUUUAUUUGAAUUGGGUAGUGAAAUUAUUUGCUGAUAUGGAAAUGUAUUUCGGAGCUUGUGAACGCAUAACUUAUUACAUUGAAAGUGGUUAUCAUGAACAACAGGAUUCUAUGGAAACAUAUGACCCACUGCCGGAGAGUUGGCCACAAUGUGGCAAUAUAGAAUUUUGUAACGUAACUUUGAAGUACCCAACGCAGAAUGAAAAUUUUGUGAACAAUUUAAACUUGAGCAUACCGUCAGGGCAAAAAAUUGGAAUUUGCGGACGAACGGGAAGUGGAAAGUCAACAUUAGCCAACUCCCUAUUUGGUAUGGUUGAGAUAGCUGCUGGUCAGAUCUUAAUAGACAACAUUGACAUAUCUACGAUUCGCUUGGAUGAACUUCGUUCAAGACUAUCAAUUAUUCCACAAGAAGAUGGAAUUUUAUUCUGUAGCACAAUCAAAGAAAAUUUGGAUCCGCAUGGUCGAUUUUCGGAUAUGGAGUUAUGGAAUUGUUUAGAAAAAGUCCAACUAAAAGACGUGGUUGCUUCUUUGCCUGAUAAAAUUGACACGAGAUUUAGCGAAAGUGAUUCCUUUUUAAGCUUUGGACAACGUCAACUGUUCUGCUUGGCUCGCGCUGUUCUCAAAGGAUCAAUUUGCCUAGUUCUUGAUGAAGCCACAUCCAAUUUGGACUCAGAAACAGAAAAGCUUUUUCUGAAAUCAACCAAUGAAGCAUUCAAUGGGAAAACCCAUCGCUUAUACUCACUUCUUGAUUACGACCGUGUCCUAAUAAUGGAAAAUGGAAAGAUAAUAGAAGACGGCAAUCCCAGGGAAUUAAAAUCAAAUCCCAAGAGUACAUUUACUUUAAUGCUUAAUGCAUCAGAUUUAUCCAACAAGCAGAAGUGAAUUGACGUUAAGAGUUCAGAGAUAAAAAAACGAUGAAGAUGGAAAAGAAAACAAACUUUUUAAAGCACAC